AUGAUGCAAACCAUCCACUCACCUGUCAUGGUGGUGACAGCUGUCUGCCUGUCAGUAGUCCUCCUGUACACAAUCAAGAGACAUUACGAUCCAGAUAUCAUUGCUCUCCAACAGCGUGCACUCGAUCACGUAUUGAACAAUAAAGCUAUUGACAUAUGGGAAGGGGUAACUCUCAAAGACAAUGGUGCCAGAGAUGCUAAGCUCACACCUUACCCCUUACUGGAGUCUGACCGAGCGGUGGUUACAGGUUCACCUCACACGCGGAAAGUCAGCCUGUUUCGGGAUGGCUCAAUUCGCUGGGCAUAG